AUGUUGAAAGCAGCUCUGACCCAAACCAGACAGGAUCUUCCCCAUGCUAAUAUUAUAUAUGUUGAUACUCACUCUGUUCUGCUAGAUCUCUUCCAGCACCCCACCUCUCGUGGGUUGAAAUAUAGUACCAAAGCAUGUUGUGGAUAUGGGGGAGGUGCCUACAAUUUUGACCCUCGAGUUAUAUGUGGAAACAGCAAUGUGAUUAACGGAAAGAAUGUCACAGCAAGAGCUUGUAGUGACCCAAGGAACUAUGUGAGCUGGGAUGGCAUUCAUACCACAGAAGCUGCAAACAAGCUUGUUGCACAUGCCAUUCUAAGUGGCUCUUACUUUGAUCCACCAUUUUCACUUCAUGAUCAUUUCUUCAUCUCCAAACUUUAUCGGUUCAUUUAA